AUGGCUCACAGAUAUGAAUUUGUACGAAGAGCCAGAAAACAUGGAAGACAUCGAUUCGGAAGUUCUGAUAGAAAAUUUGUCUUUGAAUUCUCGAAUUCUCAGAGCGACUCUAAUAUUUCGCUAGAUUAUGAUGAAAAUAGCGAAUAUUCACAGUCGAUUAAGAACAGAAGCGAAUUGAUGUCGGUUGAUUCAUCACCGGCACGGUCUUUAGAAUCGAUAAAAUCAACAGCAACAAAUGAAUAUACUCCAGUACAGCAGACCUUGAUAAAGUCUCAACCCGUCAAAGGUAUAAACAAAGCUAUACAUGGAAGUUCGGGCAGGAAAGAUGGUAAUGACUACAUGGCGAGCACCAAAUAUUACCUAGGAGGCAAUCAAUGA